ACAGUGUUUGUUUGUGUGCUGUUUUGAAACCAGUGGUGAAGGUGAUCGACAAAGUGCACAAUGUUCUACAGGCCCGCAUGACUUCACAGUUUAACCGGGUGACGUUAUAGACGACAAACAACUGGUUUUUCAACCACACCACAUACACAAUUAUAGGACAAAUGGCGUGCGUAACUAAAGAAGAAGAAAGGGAACACAACGAUGGUCUUGUGAAACACACCGGAGGUUGCCACUGCGGUGCGGUGCGUUUUGAGGUGUGGAGCGCCCCAGAUUUACACGUGUUUAAUUGCAAUUGUAGCAUUUGCACAAAGAAACAAAAUCGUCACUUCAUUGUAUCAAAAUCCCAGUUCACCUUGCUGCAGGGAUCAGACAACAUAACCACAUACACCUUUAACACACACAUGGCCAAGCACACAUUCUGCAAGAUCUGCGGUGUCCAAAGUUUUUACACUCCACGUUCAAACCCUGAUGGAUUUGGUGUGGCACCCCAUUGUUUGGACCCUGGUACAGUGAGAAGUGUAACUGUGGAGGAGUUCUGUGGACAGAACUGGGAGGAAAGUAUGAAGAAACAUCACACUAUUAGAAGUAUGUCAAAACCAACAAGGGACACAUAACCUACUGUUCUCUGAGCAUUUGAAAGCUGUUGUAGUUAUUUGACUUAUAUAGUGCUUGCCCAUUUCUCAACCAUGAGAACACACAAAAUCAUGUAUGUUUCUAACCAGGGAUGUAUUAUAUGAAAUUAUAUAAACAUGGGUGUUUUGCUGCCAUUCAUAUGCUAGUAUACAAAAUAAACUUUAAGUAGAUAUGUAUUUUAACUCUACUGUCUUUCUCUUCUGGGAAAAAGGAACACAAAUUCUGAUGACUUAUCUUGUAUGCCAUGUGUAUACAUGAUUUGUGAGAUACAAUGGUCUUUAGCAUAAGAAUGUCCCUUCUCCCUCCCCUAAAUUGUAAUGUCAUCUACCUCCUUUUAAAACGAUAUAAAACAAAAAUGUUGUAACCCCCUAU